ACAAUCCUCCCCCUCUUGUUCACUUGAUCAGUGAUCGCCGAAAGCCAUGCCAAGUUCAGAAUGGAGGAACUAGCCAAGGGUUAGUAAGUUUUUAAAUGUGAUUUGAAGGGACACACUCUCAAGUGAAGCCACAUUCAAAUAGGAUGGGUGGCAUUGAGACGCUGCUCGCCAAUUGGUCUGUGUACUGGUUCUUGUGACCUUCACGUCGAAGAUGCUCCUUCUUCACCUGUGAAUCUUCACAACCUGCCUCCAUUCUUGACGCGACUGUCUUUUUCCUGAUUGUCGCUAGGAUUGGCUCGCUUUUGAUGUCUUCGUAUUGCUCUGGGGACGUAGAUCAAUCCCUGGUUUUCGGGCAACAUGUCGUUCUUAGUGCCUCCUCGUCUUCGGCGAUUCAUUAUACUCUUAAUGACGGCUAUUUGCACUUGUUUGGGACUGUUUAUCCUAGUGUUUCCUACGCCAGAUUUGUCUCAGGAAGUAGAGUUAGUCCGACAAAUUGCUGAUCUCUCUAUUCGGAUUCAGCAUGCAGAGCAAUUGAAUGCUGAGAGAAAAUAUCAACUGCAAACUCUGUUUCAGAAGUUCUCUAUGAUUAGUAGGAGGAUUCUCCAGCAAUCAGGGCAAAAUUCAGCACUUAUUCUGGAGAACCUCCGUAACGAAAAUGCAUUGGGAGUAAGGUUAGGCCUGACAGCUGAAGCAAUGCUGAGUGGAGCAAAUCAGACUUAUGAUCUGAGUGUUCCUUCAGUCCACCACUUCUUGCCCCAUUUGAGCCAUUCUCCGGUAAGCUUGUCGCCAGCCUUCAAGCUAGCCAAACAGGCCAAUCGGAAGGUGUCCAUGGUCAUAGGAAUCCCGACAGUCAAACGCACUCACCAGAGCUAUCUCCAAGUGACACUCAAAUCUGUCAUUGACAACAUGGAAGAGGACGAAAUGAACGAUUGCCUGAUUAUAGUGUUUGUCGCUGAAACUGAUGUUGAGUUUGUGGCCAAGGUUGUGAGUGACAUCAAGAACGACUUUGGGGUACAUGUUGACUCCGGACUUGUCGAAGUGAUAUCGCCCCCCGCAGAAUACUAUCCUGAUUUUUCCACCCUUCGCCAAACUCUUGGCGAUGAUUUGGAACGAGUUCAGUGGAGAUCCAAACAGAACUUGGAUUACGCCUUCCUCAUGAUGUACGCUCAUUGGCGUGGAAACUUCUAUGUUCAACUGGAAGACGACGUUCUCACCAAACCUGGUUUUUUUACUAUCAUGAAGAACUUCGCCUUGGACAAGAGUGCUGCCAAAGAUCCUUGGUUUCUCAUCGAUUAUUGCCAACUCGGGUUCAUCGGCAAGCUUUUCAAGGCCUCUGAUUUACCAAUGCUAAUACAGUUCUUUCUCAUGUUUUACAACGACAAACCCGUGGACUGGCUCUUGGAAAAUGUUCUGCAAACCAUGGUUUGCAAAUUGGACCAAGACUACAAAAAGUGUCGCAAGGAAAAGAACAAAUUGUGGCUUCACUAUAAACCAUCCUUGUUCCAACACAUUGGAACGCACUCAUCCCUGAAGGGUAAAGUUCAGAAGCUCAAGGAUAAGCAAUUUGGCAAGAUUGCAAUGUUUGUGCCUCACUUCAACCCGCCAGCCAGGGUUCAGACAGCCAUCAAACAUUAUAAGUCGUACAGUAUCACCCGUGCCUAUCAAGGUGAAACCUUCUAUUGGGGCUUGGUGCCUCAAGAAGGCGAUACCAUUCUGUUUUACCUCACCCCUCCGACCCCGUUAACUGAGUUCAAGUUCAUCAGUGGUAAUGCUGAACAUCCCUCGGAUCGGUUCCUCAACACUGAUAUCGAGAUCUUCAUCAGUGAAGAUGAGAACUCGCGAGUACCUGGAACGUUUUCCAGAACCAGUGACGGGUACGCUACUGUUGGAAAAUUCGAUGCCAAUGGAGUGGCUGCUGGCAAAUUGGAUCCCACCUGGGGUCCAAUCAGUCAUCUCCGGAUUUCGAUCCAUUCCUCAAGUGAUAAUUGGGUGAUAUUAAGUGAAAUCCAUUUAAAGACAGACUAGUCAACGUAGAAUCCCUUUUGAAGCAUUCCGGGCACGAUAAGCCAAGUCACAGUAAACGCCUCCUUCAAUAUUUCGAGGUUUAGAUGCCAUUUCAGACACAAUAGAAUCUUGAAGGAUGCCCACACCAUCUACAACCAAUCGAUAUUUUGUAACCUUACCAAAUGAUCUCUCCGAUCACUUGGCAGGGAUUUGACUCUUACUGGAGGUUUUUGUUGACAAACAGUAUCGUAGGUGCUCCCGACAACUAGUCAAAAAGUAAUUGGCACCGAUUUAUUCUUGCCAUUGUUCUAAUAUCAUUCCCCAAACGCAGUCAUUAUCUCUUUAUGUUAAUCAAUUUAUUUGAUGGCCAUUUAUCCUCUAAUUUUGACCCGUUCUAUUCUAUCUUUGCGCCAAUAAUCUGACGUCAUCUGUAAGUGUCACUCAACAAUGAAGUCUCGCGCGGCUAUUCAACAAAAGUUGAUUAUUGUUCAGGUUUUUCAUUUCACUCGCUUGAUCAAGCUGAAUCAAAGAUACCAUCGUCGUGGUCAGAAACGAUGAGGAAUAUGAUGUUUUAAGAAUAAAGCUAUUUAAACAUC